UUGGCAGGAUAUUUAACUUUAUGCCAUUCAAAUUACUCUUAAACACCACAUCUGUAGAACACUGGGGAUAAACUGAAAUAUAGCCCUAAUGGAAAACCCCUAUGCCGGUGCUGUCCUCAAAGAAGAAAAGAAAAAAACUGAGAUGUAGUUUCCUCCUCCUGCUUCUGCUGUCCACACACCAGCUGCCCUCUCCUUUUGUUUACUCCUCAUGCAGCACUAAGGUUACCAUGUCAUGGUUGGGACACAUCCGUCACAAGAAAGUUUCUGGGAAGUGGCGGCUAAUGUUAGCAAUGUAGCCAGGGGAAUUUUUUGUACUUUCUGCGGAUAUUAAAACUUUCAUACAUUGCAGGUGUUGUAUGAAUAUUCAGUCAUGCACCACAUUAGUGCCUUAGACUGGGGAUCUGGAGCUGGAAGGAUGAUAUCACUAAACACGCCAUCUCUGCUUUUGUGAGACCUAGUCAAAAGAGAGUAAAACAGGGACUGAAAGAAGGAUGUUCCGACAAUCAGAGCAAGGCAGGAGGCGUGUGAAUGCCCAGCCAUCUGCACGCAUAAGAGAGGUGGAGGUUGCACGGGGAAGAACAGGCUAUGGCUUUACACUAUCUGGUCAGUCUCCGUGUGUGCUAAAUUGCAUCCUGAAAGGUAGUCCGGCUGAUUAUGUGGGACUUUGCUCUGGGGAUCAGAUACUGAGUGUGAACGACAUUAAUGUGUCCAAAGCAUCUCACGAGGAUGUUGUCAAGCUGAUUGGCCGCUGCACGGGUGUCUUAUAUUUGGUCAUUGCUGAAGGCAGUAAUAACAAUGCACAUCUAGAUUCAUGUUCAAGUGAUGAAGAAUUGGGGUUCCAUGACCACAAGAGCCACUGGUUGCGGCCAAAGAUGGACUCGAAGACACUAGGCAUAAACCGUGCAGAACGUGUUGUAGCGGAAAUGCAAUCUGGUGGAAUCUUUAACAUGAUCUUUGAAAAUUCCAGCCACUCAUCCAGCAGCUCGGAGAAAGCAGUAGCUUGUGCCUCUGCUUCUAAAACAAGAGCUCUCUCAGAGACCGAUUUCUCGUACGGUAAUGCUGGCACCCGACAGAGUGAUCCCAACACGCUCACUGAAGAGGAGAUGGCCAAAGUGCUCAAUGAUGACUCUGUGUUUGUUGAUGUGUUUGAACAGCAAGAUGAAUUUGCCCUGUUGCAAAAUGCAGACUCUGCGGGUAUACUCAACGUUGGGAUGGUUGUGGGAUAUUUGGGAUCUAUUGAAUUAGCUUCAACAAGUGCCAAUUUGGAAAGUGACAGCCUGCAGGCGAUUCGUGGCUGUAUGCGGCGUCUGCGCGCAGAACAAAAAGUACACUCGUUGGUCCUGCUCAAAGUCAUGCAUGAUUGUGUACAGCUAUGCAACGAUCGAGGCGCUGUUCUAGCUACUUACCCUGCAGAAAAGUUAGCAUUCAGCGCUGUUUGUCCAGAUGACCGCCGCUUCUUUGGCCUUGUCACAAUGCAAGCCACAAAUGCACAUGCCAUGAAUAGACUUGGUGAAGAGGAGCAAGGUUUGCGUACGUCUUGUCAUGUGUUUAUUGUAGACCCGGAACUCUGUCAUCAUAAGAUCCACCAAGGUGUAGCCCGACGCUUUGGCUUUGACUGCACACCAGACCCAGACACUGGUGGCUGCUUGGAGUUCCCACCGACUUCCCAGCCGCUUCUACAGUUUGUGUCCGUACUGUACCGUGAUAUGGGAGAAUCUAUAGAGGGUAUGCGAGCUCGAGCUUUCCUCGAUGGUGAUCUAGAUGCUCAGCAGAACAACAGCACAAGCAGCAACAGUGACAGUGGCAUCGGCAACUUCCUGCCAGAGGAGAAGAGCAACCGAGUCCUCUUGGUUGACUUGGGAGCAAACCCUAGUCGACAUGUUCCCACAGGACUAUGGGAAAACCCACCAGGACCUCGUAGCCAAAGUGUCCUAGGAGGUCUUCCAUCGCCGCCGCCAGUCUCGCAUCGUAAUGGCUACCGUUCUGACCAGUUUGUAGAUCAUCCUCUGCCCCAUCCACAUUCCCACGCAGACCUAACUUUGCUUUCUAGCAGGCAUUUAAACUCCUCCUCACGGCUGGAUGUGUCAGGCAUUCCUUCACGUUCCCACUUUUCCGCCCAUGGCAAGAAGGUGACAGGAGCAUCAGACCACCGCUGGCUGCCAGUUCACGUCCUGAGAGACUGGCGUCAGGGACACAGCAGUGAUCAGGAGUCUUAUGCAGAAUCCACAGACGGAUGGUCCAGUGCUAACUGUAGCACCCUGCCACCACCCAUGAGUAAGAUUCCAGCCGACCGGUACCGUGCUGCAGGCGAGAUUGCCUCACAGCCUCACCGACUCCAUGCACGGAAGGACGAGUGGGCAAAGAAGCUGUUCGGGGAGAAGAGUCUGCGAGAGCAUCAGCAACAAUCGAACGAUUGCAGAAGAAUGAAAGAUUCAGAAAAAAAGGGUGGAAGAUUUAAAAGCAUUACUAUGGGCUUUCCUCAGCGUUCCUCAGGCAGACGAUCUUUUGGACGUUCCAAGCGUCUCAGUAUGGCUCGUUCCCUUGAUGACCUUGAGCAUUCCGAUCCUAUCACUCGGAGGGUAGGGAAUGAUUACAUAAGGAAUGAGUGA